CGCGCCAGGCUCCUCUGUUCAAAAACAUGGAUGGUAAAAUAUCGGUAUAUUAAGGAAGUGCAUUUGUCCAUUCACGUCUGUUCAGCUUCCACUUUCAACCAGCAGACAUGCAUUUCCUUCGCGCUUUCCGAGUGCUGGGUCGUCACAGGCUAAAGGGCCUUCAUCAUACAUGGUCCUUUGCGCAUUCGUCACCACUCGCUCACUUCCGUAACCUGCAAGAGGACACGUCCCCCUUGCCUUCGAUACCCUGUGCUUGGUGUAAGACAACGUCUACCAUGGCAGCUGAUUACCUCACCAGAAGAAAGUUCAUCAUUGACACAGACGCCGGCAUCGAUGACGCCCAAGCUAUACUGAUGUGUCUAGCGGCGUCUGACGUCGACGUCGUUGCUCUGACCACGGUCAAGGGCAACGCUACUGCAACACAGGUGACCUCAAACCUUCUCCGACUUCUAAAGGCGGCGGACAGAUUGGAGAUCCCGAUCUACAGAGGCUGUGAGGACAUGUUGCUUGGCUGGGAGAAACCCGAUGAAUACAACUAUCACGGCAAGGACGGGUUUGGAGACGUUCCUGACCCCGACCCACCCAGUCGAGACCGGGUCCAAGCCAAACACGCUGUACAAGCACUGAUUGAUAUUACCAAACAAUACCCAGGGGAAAUAACUCUGAUUGCGAUAGGACCACUGACCAAUGUGUCCAUGGCUGUACGAAUGGAUCAAGAUCUCGGGUCCAGGCUAAAAGCAUGUUACAUCAUGGGCGGCAACUACAGAGGUGAAGGUAACGUCACACCGAGCGGGGAGUUCAACUUUUACAGUGACCCGGAAGCCGCCCACAUCGUGCUGAACUCCCUGGGAUGCCCCAUCACGCUGACCUGUUGGGAACUCUGUGAGCAGUACGCUCUGACCUGGGAAAAGUAUGCAGAACUGAGAAAACACAAUUCCAAGAAAUGCCAGUUUAUGAAGGAAGUCGAACGCCUCAUGGUGUCCACAUGCAAGGAGUUAAACUGGACAACGUACAUUCCUUGUGACGAGGUGGCGGCUGCAUGCGCUAUAGAUAACAAGGUCAUCACGAAGAGUGACCACGUGUACGCAAGCGUGGAACUGCAUGGUCACUUGACCAGAGGUCAGAUGGUCGUGGACUGGGGGAUGCGGCUUGGAAAGAAACCAAAUGUUCAAAUUGUUAAAGAACUUGACGUGGAGCGGUACAUGGAGUUACUGCUGCAUGCGAUUGAUGUGUCAAGCGAUAAAUGAAUUUGAAUACUGUAAACUUUGCUA